UUUUCAAUUAUUAUUAUUUUUUCCUUCUUUUUCUUUUCUUUUUUUUUUUUUUUCCUCCGGAGGGGUUUUCUUUUCGCUCAGUACCUCGCAACUGCCAAAUCCUACCUGCACAAACUCCUGGCCGCCGACCCCGCCGUCACCACGAGUCCUGGAGCCGGGGUUUUCGGGGCUUUGGGGGCGCGCCGCCUCCCCCCUCCCCCGCAGCGGUGCACGCUGGCCGUGCCCAGCGCUGAGAGACUUUCGGCAGCGGGCGCGCUGCUCUCCUGAAACGCCGGGGGCAGGCGGAAAGCACUUGUGAACUGGACCAGCUGCUUCGGGGAGGGGGGAGACCCGAGGUGGUGAGGAAAAAAAGCAGACCGACACCCCCCCUCCAAAAAAAAAAAAAAAAAGCCCAAAACACCCCAAGAAAAAAGGCAAACUUGGACGGGCGGCUCGCGGCGCUGCUUUUGCAGAAACUCUGACCGCGGGCGGCCCCGCCGCCGCUGCCGCCGCCGCCUCGAGGGGGAGAGGACCGCGCCGCCGGGGACGAGGCGCCGGUGUGGAAGUACAAGUGGUGCGGGGAACGGGGGCGCGGCCGCGGGGGGCUGCGCGGCCCCGGUGCCGCUGUGAGAAGUUGCGCGCCCUGCCCCGCGCCGGAGCGGCGCUGAGCCCCGGCGAGCCCCCCGCCGCCGCCGCCGCGAUGGUGCAGCAGACCAACACGGCGGAGAACACGGAGGCGCUGCUGGCCGCCGAGACCUCCGACUCCGGGGCCGGCAUCGAGCUGGGCAUCGCCUCCUCCCCCACGCCGGGCUCCACCGCCUCCACGGGGGGCAAGGCGGACGACCCGAGCUGGUGCAAGACGCCCAGCGGGCACAUCAAGCGGCCCAUGAACGCCUUCAUGGUGUGGUCGCAGAUCGAGCGGCGGAAGAUCAUGGAGCAGUCCCCCGACAUGCACAACGCCGAGAUCUCCAAGCGCCUGGGCAAGCGCUGGAAGCUGCUCAAGGACAGCGACAAAAUCCCCUUCAUCCGGGAGGCGGAGCGGCUGCGCCUCAAGCACAUGGCGGACUACCCCGACUACAAGUACCGGCCCAGGAAGAAGGUGAAGUCGGGCAACAGCUCCGCCAAGCCCGGCGACAAGGCGGACAAGGGCGGCGGGGGCGGCGCCGGCGGGGGCAGCGCGGGCGGCGGCCCCGGCGGCCCCGCGGCCCCCGCCAAGCCCGCCCCGAAGAAGGGCGGCGGCGGCGGCGGCGGCGGCUCCAAGCCCUCCCCCGCGGGCGGCGGCGGCGGCGCGGGCGGCAAGCCCCACGGCAAGGCGGCGGCGGGCGGCAAGGCCGCCCCCUUCCCCGGGGAGCCGCCGGCCGCGCUGCUGCCGCCCGAGCACCAGGCGCUGUACAAGCCCCGGGGGGCGGCGGGCGCGCCCGCGGGCCCCGGCAAGCCGCUGGCCGAGAAGAAGCUGAAGCGGGUCUACAUCUUCGGGAGCGGGCAGGCGGCGGCCGCCUCCGCCUCCCCCGGCGGCGCCGUGCCCGGCAGCCCCACGCUGAGCAGCUCGGCGGAGGCCGGCGACCCCUUGAGCCUCUACGAGGAGGGGGGCGGCGGGGCGGGCCGGCCCGACGGGGACUGCGGCGGCGCCGCCUGCCCCUCGCCCUCCGGCUCCGGCACCGGCUCGCCCUCGGAUCACCGCAGCUACACCAGCCUGCGCGCCUCCUCCCCGGCCCCCUCGACGGCGCAUUCCUCCUCCGCGUCCUCCCACUCCUCCUCCUCUUCCUCCUCCGGCUCCUCUUCGUCGGACGACGAGUUCGAGGACGACCUCUUGGACCUGAACCCCAGCCCCGGCUUUGAGAGCAUGUCCCUGGGCAGCUUCAGCUCCUCGGUGCUCGACCGGGACCUGGAUUUUAACUUCGAGCCCGGCUCGGGCUCGCACUUUGAGUUCCCGGACUACUGCACGCCGGAGGUAAGUGAGAUGAUCUCGGGGGACUGGCUGGAGUCCAGCAUUUCCAACCUGGUCUUCACUUACUGAGGCGAGAGCCGGGCCCUGCUGGAGGAGGCACAGACGCGCGUUGUCGGCAGGACUCGCCCACCCCGCCGGGGCGCUUUUGUUUCUUUUGUGUGUUUUUUUUGUUUUGUUUUGUUUUGUUUUUUUUUAACGGGAAGGGGCUGGUGAGACUGCUUGUUGUGCUCGGGGAGAGCGGCGGCGGGAGCGGGAUCGCCCUCUCCUCGCAGAAAGGCCAGCAGUCCCCUUCCUCCGGCUGCAGACGGACCUGCGCACACCCCCUCCGAGAGACGAGUCGGACGUUGCUUUUUCAGAGACUGGCGGGAGCGAAACGCUGUCUUUUUCCUUUUUAUUGCCUGAAAAGAGAGACGGAGG